AUGAGUACGCAAAUGCAAACAGAAACGAUCACACUGCACACAAGAGCUUCAGCCGAAAUCCCUGAAAAUGAAACACCCCAAGACUCAAGACCCCCCGAAAUAAAAUGGAUGUAUCCGAAAAUUCUCAGCGCGGGAGUAUCUUUCUUCGUCGCCGGGGUCAAUGACGGAAGUCUCGGCUCCAUCAUUCCCUACGUGAUACGCACCUAUGGCAUCGGCACGAACAUGGUAGCCGUGUUAUACGGCACAACCUUCGGCGGCUGGUUCAUCGCCGCCCUGACCAACAGCACAAUAACCAAAUACCUGGACCUAGGCCCGAUUCUGUGCCUCGGCGCCGCCAUCCAAAUCCUGGCCCAUGUCCUCCGAGUAUGGGAGCCUCCGUUUGCCCUAUACGCGGUGACGUUCUUUCUCGCUAGCCUUGGUCAAGCCUAUAAUGAUACCCAUGCCAAUACGUUUGUGUCGUCGUUGAAUGACGCACAUCGCUAUCUUGGUUUUAUUCACGCUAUGUAUUCGGCUGGGUGCCUGGUUGGCCCAUUUGUCGCAACGGGCAUUGCGUCGGCGAAUGUCGACUCCAAGUGGUAUCUGUUUUACCUUUUCCCCCUUGGUGUGGGAGUCGCGAAUCUUACGCUUCUGGGUAUCUCUUUCCGUGAUAAUAUGGCUGCACCGGCUGCUCUGAAGAAUAGUCGGAUGGAGCAGGAUUCCUCGAAGUCUGCUUGGAAGGAGAUCAAGGAUACACUGUCUACGCCUGGUGUGUGGUUGGUUAGCUUGUACUUCUUCUUCUUCCUCGGAGCUACAAUCACUGCUGGUGGCUGGAUGGUCGAGUACCUCGUCAAUGUACGAGAUGGCGAUGUUACGGAGAUGGGAUAUGUUCCAGCAGGCUUCUAUGGGGGUGGAUUCUUGGGACGUCUUAUCCUCGUUGAACCUACACAUAGGCUAGGUGAGCGGCGGAUGAUCUUUGUCUACGCUGUGCUUUGCGUAGGAUUGCAAUUGGUAUUCUGGCUUGUCCCAAAUAUCAUUACGGAAGCAGUGGCAGUCAGUCUACUGGGCUUCUUCUCGGGUCCGUUUUUCGCAACAGGCAUCUCAGUGGGUACAAAGAUUUUCUCUCCAGAAAUCCGCUCUUCAGCAAUUGCAUUUGUGUUUGUCCUUGGUCAAAUUGGCGGCUCCGUUUUUCCGGCUUUAACCGGUAUCAUUGCCGGAAAGGUGGGUGUUCAGGUGCUGCAGCCCAUGCUGGUUGGGCUGUUCAGCGCUGCUGGUUUGAGCUGGUUGAUUUUGCCUAAGGACGCGGUCUUGCAUCAGGAUUAG